GUUAGAAGGUGAGAGACACUUAGGUCAGAGUUGUGCGUUUCAGUUCCGCCACUCUCGCUUCUGCUGCUGCUGCUGCUGCUGCUGCUGCUGCUUCACGUGGAAAUCUGCUUGCAGUCUUGCAAAGGCGAAAAAGGACCGAACGAAGCGGCGAUGACGAAGUCCAGCGGCGACAAGUCCGAGAAAGAAACGUGGCGGGGUCGCUAUUACAAGCUCGAGGAAGUCCAGAAGCAAAAUCAUAGCCAGAGUACUUGGAUUAUUAUACACCGCCGUAUAUACGAUCUCACAAAGUUUUUAGAGGAACAUCCUGGUGGUGAAGAAGUCCUAAGGGAACAAGCAGGUGGAGAUGCAACAGAAAGUUUUGAAGAUGUUGGGCAUUCUACAGAUGCCAGGACGUUGUCAGAAUCAUUUAUUAUAGGGGAACUUCAUCCAGAUGAUUGGGAAAAAGUUCAAAAACCAACAGGCCCUUACAUUACCACUGUUGAAUCUAGUUCCAGCUCAUGGACCAACUGGGUGAUUCCAGCAAUAGCAGCAAUCAUUGUGGCCCUUAUGUACCGUUUCUACAUGUCUGAGUAAACACAGUGUUAAGAAACAAAAUGGGACAUGCUGUUUUGGGCAAGAAAAUGAAAUAUAUACCUAAUGGCUCCACAUCAGGACAGUAUCUUAAAACCAACUUUAAAAAAAAGCAAUCGUCUUUUUAUCAGAAAUCCAGAAUAAAAUUGUUUUAGUAGCGUCCUACAUAAUGUUGCCUUUUUCUAUUUUUUUUUCAAAUGCUAAUAUUUUUUUGCUUUUAUUUCUUCAUGUCUGUCAGAUAACCACAUGAUGCUACAAUGCUGCUCACACUUAUAUAGUCUGCCAUUUCUUAAUAUUUAAAACUUGCCUGAUUUUUUUUAAUGAGUUCUUUAGACUUCUUUUACAAAAACAAGCAGGUGGAAAUUUGCGUCUGUACAAAUUUUCUUGUCUUUGCCAUCACUUAUAUUCUGAUACAUUUUCUUUCUUUUAUAAUUGUAUCUUUUUACAAAGAAUUUUCAGUAUGAGAAUGAGAAACACUAAAAAUAAAUUUCAUUUUUGUUAAUAAGGAUAUUGCUAUGGGUCCAAAUAUCUCAUUGCGUAAAAUAAAAUAUUAAUUAUCCUUCAAACUGAUUUGAGAUAUGGAGGAUCUAUAAUAGGCACAAAAUUUGCAAUGGUCUCCAUUGCUUUAUUUUAUAAGAUCUAUUGAACUUCACAAGAAAAAAAGAGAAAAUAACAUUUGGCUGAUAGAGAAUAAUAUAUAUCUUAAAAGUCAUAGGUAACAAAAAUCAAGGUCAAAUCUAAAUCUAAAUAACUUCAUCUUGAAAUGCUUAUCAGCUGUGCUGUAUGGUUCUUGGCUGUAUUAUGGAUCACUGAUUUAUUAAAUUGUUGUACAAGUAUAAA